CGUGACCCUAGGCUACACACGAUGGGGUCAGCCAUAGGCAGGGGGGGAGAGUGAGGUCUUCGGUUCCUUCGCGUGUUUUGGGGGCCCGUUUUCGCUUCUGCUGGCUCUGUCGGUCCGUUUCGAUGUAUUCGAACCAGGAGAACGUGUUCAAGGUCGCGGGGUUCACCUUUUUUUGCAACUUCGAGUGCGGGAACCUCGCGCGAGUCGAGUUGGUGCGAUCGUCCGUGGACAGGAGCAGUGUGAAUGUUGUUACUAACGUCGUCGAUUAUCCCGGGUUGGGAACGUCGUAUCAGGUGUCUGGAUCGCCUUGUUCGCCCUAUGGGAGCCCUUCUGGAGGUUCACCGAAGUCAUCGUCCGGAUCUUCCUCGGUCGAGAGGAAGGUGCUGAAGCGCCCUUUCCUAGGAAAGACUCCUUCGGUGGAGAAGCGUCCCGAGUUCGAGUUCAACCUCUGGACCUCACCAGACUGUGCUGGGACUGAAUUCCAGAACAAGAAUCGGACAUGGUUUUGCUUCGGUCUCAAGGGAGGGCCACCAGGAUGUCUCCUUCAACUGAAUCUCAUGAACCUGAACCGUCAGAAGAAGCUGUUCUCACAAGGGAUGAGCCCCGUGUUCAUGGUCCUCCCGGUCCAGCGGCAGUGGGAACGCAUCCCCGGCAAGACGUCCUUCGAGAACACAGAAUCGGCUUUCACCGUGAGGUUCCAGUUCCGUAUGCCGAGCAUGGAGGGGGCAGAGUCCUACAUUGCUUUCACUUACCCUCACAACUAUGCCAAGCUGGAGGACAUCCUGUUGCGACUGGACCAGCGCUACCCCCAGCCCCGUAGCCUCACUCCUCCCCCAAACCCUCGUGGGAUUUACUACUUCCGCGAGACCCUGUGUUACAGCUUGGAUGGGAGGCGCGUGGACAUGAUGACUGUGACUUCCAAUGAUGGUGCAUCGAACUUGUGCGAAGACCCAUUUGACAUCUCAGUCUUCUUGCCAAGCCAGCUAUUGGCAGUGCCAAAGGAGGAGGAGACCCUGCUGUCACGUCCCAGAUGCUUUCCAAAGAAGAAGGUGGUGUUCCUCACGUCACGGGUGCACCCUGGGGAGGUGCAGGCCUCUUAUGUCUUCAAUGGGUUCCUCAAGUUCCUCCUGAAUGAGAAAGACCCAAGGGCAGCUCUCCUCCGCCACCAAUUUGUGUUCAAGCUCAUCCCGAUGUUGAAUCCAGAUGGGGUCGUUCGGGGUCACUAUCGCACCGACCAGCGUGGGGUGAACCUCAAUCGCAUUUAUGUCGACCCGUGCCCCCAUCAUCACCCGACUGUUUUUGCUGCUCGCAAGAUUUUUCUUUAUCACCAUCAGCAGAAGAGCUUGGCGUCUGCAGAGACUAGCAGCUCGACCUGGACGAGCAUCCGCAACGAUGAUUUCCACCUGACAGGCAGCAUGUCGGCUGCAAGUCGUUCUGGCUCCUUCCUCACUGUUCCUUCCUCUCCCUUCUUGAAUGCUCUGGAAAGAGAGACCAUCGGUGGAGUGGGGAGUGAUUCGGAUGAUGCAGGCAUGGGAAUGGGAGAACCACUCGCCGGCUGUGAUCCCGCCGAUGUUCCGAUUGUCAAGACGAGCACCCUCAAUGCCGGGAACGACAUUCCUGCCAAGCACUUUGAACCAAGUCGCAUGUGGCCGGCUCCGUUGAAAAAGAAGACCCAGGCUCAGCUGGACUUUUACGAGAAACUCACCUCCCUCAAGUUUGGCUUUGGGUUCCAAAAGUUCUCACCUCUGGCAUGCAGAUGUGUGAGAGCAGAAGGCAAAGGAACAGAGGAUACACAUACCAGUACCAGUGUUCCAAGAAUGGCUCGAACCAAGCUCGAACUUGGAGACGAAUCUUAUGACUCGGAGAGUGCAUUCCCCAACUUGGAGACUUCCAGCCGGGACACAGACUACCCAACAGAUUCUUCGUCCCACCAGAUCAAUCCCAGACCUCCACCUGCUCCACCUCCACCUCCACCCCCUUCCCCAUCCAACCCGGGUCCCGUUUCUGAGACCCCUGUCAUGGAUGAGGAGACACAAUUUGCAUUCCCAUGUCUCUCCUCCAGCGACCAUCCUAAGGAGGAGCUGAAAGAGGAGGAAUCCAGCUGCCUCCCCGACUUCCUCAAGAGCUGGGCUGACAAAAAGAUGCGGUCUGAUGUGGACAGGCCCAAUGAUCUCAGGGUCACCGAGGAAUCGGGGAUCUACGCCUACAUCGAUCUUCAUGGGCAUGCCUCCAAGAGAGGAACGUUCAUGUUUGGGAACUACUUCAAGGAGAUGGAGGCAGCAGUGGAUGCCCUCCUCCUGCCCAAGCUCCUCACCUUCAACUCCCCGCACUUCGACUUCCGUGGCUGCAACUUUCGGGAGUCCAACACUCGGAUCCACGGCAUGAGCAAGGAGGGAUCGGGGCGCGUGCACCUGUCGAAGGUGACGGGCGGGCACGCGCGGUGCUACACGCUGGAGUGCAACUACUUCUCGGGCCGGUGCCUCAACAGCCUCCCGUCCUUCCCGCCCAACGUGUCCUUCCCGGACAACAAGGCGUGCCAGCCGGUGUACAUGGGGCGGCUCGUCAAGUACACGUCGCAGGUGUACCGAGAGGUCGGUCAGAACCUGGCGGUCUCGAUCCUCGACCUGUCGGGUAACAAUCCGUAUAGCCGCCUGAGCCAGAGCCCCUGGCGGGAUCUGAAGGGCCUACGAGAGUACCUGACCCAGUACCUGGCGUCGCCGGAGUCCAUGUCGUCGUCGCUCCUGCCGGUGUUCUACGUGAAGACCCCGCCGGGGCCGCCGUCCAGGUGCCCGACGCCCCCGCCCCGCCCCCGCUCCGCGUCCGAGAGCUCCAUGGACCAGGAGCGGACGAGGAUGGCGCCGCCGAGGCGGGUGGCGGGGACGCCGACGCCGCUGCCGAUGGCGACGGUGCAGAUCGAGGACGCGAAGUUGCCGAAGCCGCCGGCGUUGAGGUUGAGGGCGAUGAGGGCGAAGCGGCCGUCGACCGCUUCGGCGAGCGGGGGACGGAGGAAGCCGAAGAAGAAGCGGCUGAAGCGGAAGAUCAACCAGGAGAACGAUCCGCUGGCGGUGCUGCUCGCGGAGUCCGCGGACCCGCCGCCGGUCGUCGCGGCGACCAACGCCCCGCUGCCCAAAGCGUCGGUCCCGGCCGCGGCGACGAAGAUGAAGGGCGUGAAGAUCCCGAAGCCACGGAGCAAGGCCCUGUCCUUCCUGAAGGUGAAGAACGGCGCCGGGUCCAAGUCCGACUCUCCGCGGUCCCCGGAGCCGUGUUCGAGCAAGGACGUGAAGCUCCCCGCCCUGCCCCGCGUGCCCCCGCUCCCCUUCGCCGAGAAGGAGAAGGACAAGGACGGCGGCUCCCCCGGCGGGCAGCGGCGGAAGCUCCGCCGCCUCGGCGACAUCGGGAAGAAGCGGAAGCGGAAGAGCGGCCGGAGCGGAUCCCCGCCCUCUCCGUCCUCUCCUGCCAUCUCGUGA